UUUGGAGCCAAGUCGUGGCGCCAAACCAAAUUCAAAAAUUCAAUUCCUCCUUAUACUCAAUUCUUCAGAUGAUCAAUGAAUAAAUAAAUUUACGACCAAGAAGCGUCGAAAGCCAUAUUUUCUUCGCAUUCUCCCGAUUUCUGUAGGCCAGCAUGAGCACUUUUUAGGUGAUUGCUGUGCUUGUAAUUUGUUUCGGAAAUCGGGAACAGCUUGGUUAUUGGCUUGAUCUGCAAGCAAAAGAACUGUUGCUGUAUAUACUAGUAGUGGAGACGGGUCGAUUGCUCUAUCUUUCGCCUCUAAGAGAAAAUAGUUUUGUGAGAAGAUGCCUGCUGCUGAAACUCGGAAGUGCAGUACCAAAUAUGAUGAUUAUGGCUGUGAACCAGUAGUUGCUAGCAGUGCAUAUGCAACCUCCGGACCCAACCCUUUGUGCAAGCGAAGAAGGCUCCAGAAAAAUUCUGUUGUCAUUUUAUCAGUGGAGGCAGAAACAAAUGAAGGGCCUAUAUCUACAUAUGAGAGAGGCACUCCGGAUUUGGAAAUUGACAAUUUGUCAAUCCUCAAUUGUGAUCUUUGUUCACCAAUCAAAUGUACGAAGAGUCUAGAGGCUAUUUCAUCGUUAGAACCUGUACCUGUUAGUAAUGAGCAUAGGCGUAUAUGGUCAAACUCAGAAAUAGUUGUUUCUGCCAUCUCAAAGACCGAUUUUUCUGAUGCUACACAGUGCCCCAGCUCGGAUGUUUCUGACUUGGAUUCAUCAAGUGAAGAUCACUCAGUGAAACAUGCAUGCAUUUCUACACUGAGGAGUCAGGAGCUUCUUGAAGUUCUGGGAAUUAGUGGGAAUAGCAAUUCAUCCCAACCAUGUAAAUUAUGCGGUCAUUCAGAAAAUAUUCUGAAUAUGCUAAUUUGUGAUAAUUGUGAAGAGGCAUUUCAUGCAACUUGCUGCUAUCCCAGGAUAAAGAUGAUGCCAAUUGAUGAAUGGUUCUGCCAUAAUUGUUCAAAAUUGAAAUCUAAAGUAUCAUUGGAGGCUACUUUCCUAAAGUCGCAUUGCAUCAGCUUGGAAAGAGCAACAUCUAAGUUUGACUUAGGUCCCAUAGCAUCCAUGUUGAAACACCCUGAGAAGCAUAUAUCACGUGUUCGAAUUGGUAAAGCUUUUCAAGCGGAAGUUCCUGACUGGUCUGGCCCUAUCUCCAAUGGUAUUAAUUCUGUGGAUGAAGCAGUGGAAAUGGAUCCCCCAGAGACCAUCAGUUUGCAUUUGAACACUAACAAGUGUUCAAAGCUCAACAUUAUGGCCAACUGGCUUCAAUGUCGAGAAGUCCUGCAUGAUGGUUCAAGAAAAUGGUUCAGAGGGACUAUUUGUGGAAAGUGGCGCAGAGCUCCACUAUUUGAAAUUCAAACUGAUGACUGGGACUGUUCAUGUUCUGUCCGCUGGGACCCGACCCAUUCUGAUUGUGCUGUUCCCCAGGAAUUGGGAACAGAUCAAGUUCUAGCACAUCUAAAGUCUUUAGAAUUGCUGAAGCCUCGCCUUGCUGUUAGAAGGGGGAUGACUUGAUCUUCACCAGUUGCAGCAGCCCUUGAAAGAAAUAGUAUUGACAUUGGAAUCACUCUGCUACAGAGCCAAGACCAAGAGCAAUUGCCAUUGCAGAGCAGUUCCUUUGUGUCAACCUUUUUCUCUACCUGUUCAUCUGGUUUUGAUCUUCAGCUUUCCCAUACUACUGUCUCAUUUUACAUUUUAUUUAUUUUUAAUUUCCUUUUGGCUGAUUGGCUUUUGAAUUUAGUGUUUGAAUACUCUAUUCAAUACUUUGCUUUAUUUUUUCCA